AUGGCGGAGAAAAGACAGGAAGUGGCAGGCUCCUAUGAAAACAUUAAAGAUUUCAAGAACGUCGUAAACUACCUUGAAAUGUACCGCAAAAUUGCCAGAGAAGAAGGAGGCAGGGCAAACGCUUACCACGGUCUUGGAGAUUUCGAGAAAGCUAUAGAAAACCACAAUCGAGACCUCAAAAUGUCGAAAGAACUGGGAUACAGGGCAGGAGAAAGAAAAGCGUACGGUAAUCUUGGCAAUGCCUACUACAGUCUUGGAGAUUUCCAGAAAGCUAUAGAGUACCAUGAAAGACACCUCAAAAUUUCGAAAGAAAUGGGAGACAGGGCAGGAGAAGGAAGAGCGUACGGUAAUCUUGGCAACGCCUAUCACAGUCUUGGAGAAUUACAGAAAGCCAUAGAGUACCACGAACGACACCUCAAAAUAUGCGGGGAAACAGGAGACAGGGCAGAAAAAGGAAGAGCGUACGGUAAUCUUGGCAACGUCUAUUACAGUCUUGGAGAUUUUCAGAAAGCUAUAAAGUACCAUGAACGAGCACUUAAAAUUUUGAAAGACGUGGGCGACAGGGCAGGAGAAGGAAGAGCGUACGGUAAUCUUGGCAACGCCUAUGACAGUCUUGGAGAUUUUCAGAAAGCUAUAGAGUACCAUGAACGAGUACUCAAAAUUUCGAAAGAAAUAGGAGACAGGGCAGGAGAAGGAAGAGCGUACGGUAAUCUUGGCAAUACCUGUCACAGUCUUGGAGAUUUCCAGAAAGCCAUAGGGUACCAUGAACGACACCUCAACAUUUCGAAACAAGUGGGAGACAGGGCAGGAGAAGGAAGAGCGUAUGGUAAUUUUGGCAACGCCUAUCACAGUCUUGGAGAUUUCCAGAAAGCUACAGAGUACCAUGAACGAGCACUCAAAAUUUCGAAACAAGUGGGAGACAGGACAGGAGAGGGAAGAGCGUACGGUAAUCUUGGCAACUCCUUUAACAGUCUUGGAGACUUGCAGAAAGCUAAAAAGUACCAUGAACGACACCUCAAAAUUUCGAAAGGAGUGGGAGACAGGGCAGGAGAAGGAGGAGUGUACGGAAGUCUUGGCAACGCCUAUUACAGUCUUGGAGAUGUUCAGAAAGCCAUAGAGUACCAUGAACGACACCUCAAGAUUUCAAAACAAGUGGGGGACAGGGCAGGAAAAGGAAGAGCGUACUGUAAUCUUGGUAAAGCCUAUCACAGUCUUGGAGAUUUCGGGAAAGCCUUCCAGCAUUAUAAGAACGGUGUUAGAGCCUUUGACGACAUCAGGGAAAAUCUCAUAUCUAAUGACGAAUUGAAAAUUAGCCUUGGGAAUACGUAUAAUGAUAUUAAUUCGAGGUUAUGGGAGCUGCAGCUUACGGAUGGUAAGGUCAUCGGGGCACUUUUAACUGCUGAUCGAGGACGUGCAGAGGCUUUAAAUGAUCUCCUGGAGUUCAAGUAUGGCCUUAAAGGGCUACGCCCAGAAAUAAGAUCACUUUCUGCAGGAUCAAGUGACUUUUCUAGUUACUUACCACCAAAUACAGUUUUCAUAGGUAUGACCGAGAGAGAAAUAGUUCUCUGGGUGAACGAGAAAGGAAAAGAAAUCAAAACUAGAAGAAGCCAGAUCGAUAUCCCUGUUACCAUCUAUUUUGAGUCUCUAUUGAAGACUACACAUGAAGAAAUAGGUGUGACAGAUGAUGUUAACUGUGAAGAUCGCUCAUUAAGAAACCCAAGCGAUAAAAAGUUAUCAGAACAAAGAUCCCCCAGUAAGCCAAGGUCUGUUUCCUCAUGUUUUGAGACAAAGUCAUUACAAACAUUUUAUAAUGUUGUUAUAGACCCUAUAAGAGACUUACUCCAUGGCGAUGAAGUUGUGAUUGUUCCACAAGGACCUCUGUGUUUGGCGCCUUAUGCUGCUUUCAUGGACUUAAAAUCAAAGUACCUCUGCGAAACGUUUAGAAUUCGUCUGCUUCCCUCACUUUCUAGUCAGCGAUUAAUCCAAAAUUGUCCAGCACAUUGGCACAGCAAGACUGGUGCUCUUCUCGUCGGCGAUCCGUGGGUACAGGAGGUAGUUUAUGAAGGAAGGACGCUAGAGCAGUUAGAGUGGGCCGAAAAGGAAGUGCAGAUGAUUGGGGAAAUACUUCAAACUGAACCUCUUGUUGGAAAGCUAGCAACGAAAGAUAAAGUUUUAACACGUAUCUCCUCGGUUGGUUUGGUGCAUAUAGCUGCUCACGGUAAAAUGGAAACGGGAGAAAUUGCCUUAGCCCCAAACACAACACGUUCACCCCCAAUUCCAGACAAGGAGGACUAUCUCUUAACUAUGAAUGAUGUUUUAAAGGCGCAGAUUAGGGCAAGACUUGUUGUACUUAGUUGUUGUCAUAGUGCCUGGGGGGAAGUCAAUGCUGAGGGUGUGGUCGGCAUCGCACGGGCAUUUUUGGGUGCCGGUGCUCGUUCUGUUCUGGUGUCCCUGUGGGCGAUUGAAGACGAGGCUACGAUGGAGUUCAUGAAACUUUUCUACCAACAACUAGUCAAUGGAAGAAGUGCAAGUGAGGCUCUGAAUAAAGCCAUGAAAUCCAUGAGAGAAUCUGACCGCUUUAGUGCAGUGAAGCACUGGGCGCCUUUUGUUCUCAUUGGUGAGGACGUGACGCUCGAGUUUAAAGGCAUCAAAUAA